AUGACCCGCACCGCCCGCUCUGCGUACCCUUCCGCGCUCAACAAGGACCGCUCCGAGUCCAAGAACGGCCUCGACAAGCGCAUCCCCAAGAACGGCGCCGGCCCCCACAACUGGGGCUCCCUGGAGGACGAGCUCGAGCUCGAGAGCGCCGCGUACGACGACGAGGAAGUCGAGCUCGACGACUCCUCAGCCGGCGUCUCCGUCAACAAGCACGCCGAGUCCGCCGUGCCGCGCCCCGCGACCGAGCGCAGCCUCAGCGCGGAGGAGUUCCAGCAGGGCAUCGAGAUCCGCAAGCGGGCGCUCAAGUCGUCCGACGUCGACCUCGGGUCGAUCGCGCGCACCGCGCCCGUCGUCUCCACGUCGCCGAAGCAGCCCGUGGCGAUUGUCUCGGACGCCGAUACCACCAAGUCCGCCUAA